AAACUCCAAGCACGUGCUACUAGUGUGCUGUGUCUCGCGCUGGUCUCGUGAGCCGUUACUUCGAUCAAUACACAGCGGCUAUCACACAUCCGGGAACCGGACCAUUUCUGGUGCGUCGGGGGCGUGGACCUGAUUUCACAGAUCAUUGUCAUAUUUGCGAUUUCUUUAUAGUCCGUGUGUUGCCAGUGUGUAUAGCGCUAUAUAGCUGUCUUGUUCACGUGCCACGUUGGCCCAAGGCCAAACUUGACAUAAUUCACCAAACGAAGAAUUAGGAAAUAAUUAUUAGGCAUACAGUGUUAAAAAUUCAGCAGACUAUUUGUUUCAUUUUCUUUCGAUGUGUAGGCUACUCUCUUCUGACAUAAGAAAAUUGCCAUAUAAUGGUCUUCUUUGUUCAAACAAGUAACAUGGACUAUUUGUGAUUUGUAAAACAUUCAGAAAAAAGGUAAUACCCAUUCGUACAAAUCGCCAUGUCCAGGACGCAAAGUGAUAGUGACACUGACCGUCUUUUAGUGACGGAAAGAGAUGGUCAAUCAGAUGGUCAAAACAAUCGCCGUGGCAACACUUCGACCUUCUUCGUGACCCUGAGCAUCCUGGUCACUGAGAUGUGUGAGAGGCUGACCUACUAUAGCAUUUCCGCUGGGCUCAUUCUCUUCUGCACAAGCAAACUGGACAUCGGUCAAGCGAACGCCACCACAAUCAAUCAGGUGUUUGGUGGAUUUGUGUAUAUCAUUCCAAUCAUUGGAGGUUUUCUGGCCGACUCCUACCUGGGUAGGUUCAAAACUAUUUGGAUAUCAUCGCUGAUUUACAUUGUAGGAGUGUUUCUGCUACCAGCCGCGGCGAUAGAAUACAAAAAUUGGAACUGGGCUGAACUCUCUGUGACUGGCAGAACUGCUCUUUUUGGCACGGCCUUGGUGUGCGUGGCUCUUGGCACAGGAGGAAUCAAGGCUAAUGUGGGACCUUUCGGAGCAGAACAAAUUGAAUCGCUGGGGAAGGACGCUAUCCAGACAUUCUUCAAUUGGUUCUACUGGGUGAUCAAUGUCGGCGCCCUCAUCGCCUACGCCGGGGUGGCGUACAUUCAGCAAGAGGUCAGUUUUGCCUGGGGGUUCUUCGUUCCGUUAGUCAGCAUGGUGUUGGCGCUGAGUGUCUUCGUGGCCGUUAAAUCGAGAUACGUCAGGACCAGACCGAAAGGUAGUAUUCUUACAACAGGAUUCAGUAUUUGUGCUCAAGGAUCUAGAAGAGAAGACGUCGGCUCCUCCGGUAAAAAGAAAAUGCUGUCAUCAGCCAAGAGAAGUCAUGGAGGGGACUUUGAAGACCACUUGGUGGACGGAGUGGUCAGUGUUAUUAAGGUCAUCCCAUUCUGUUUCCUGGUCAUCAUGUACUGGGCCGUAUAUUCUCAGAUGUCCAACACAUUCUUUGCCCAGUCCGAGAGGAUGGACGUCAGUAUGGGAGGCGGCGUUAAUGUCCCAGCAGCAGCACUGAACGUCUUCAAUACUGUAGCCAUCAUUAUCAUGAUACCCAUCGUAGACAGGCUUAUCUACCCCUGCUUCAACAAAAUGGGAAAACCUUUGACCUACCUAAAACGAAUAGGUAUUGGCUUUAUUUUUGCCACUCUAAGCAUGAUCGUAGCAGGUAUCGUGGAGAUUAGCAGGAAGGAGUACCUUGACAGAGCCAAUCCACUCGUACAAAACCUGGGUGGCCAGAACUUCAACGCCUCUACCAUGUCUGUUUUUGUUCAAAUCCCACAGUUUGCUUUAGUAGGAGCCAGUGAAAUAUUCACCAGUAUCACUACUCUGGAGUUUGCAUAUAACCAAGCUCCAGUUGCCAUGCAGGGUCUGCUGACUGGACUUUUCCUUGCAGCUUCUGGCAUUGGCAACUGGGUCUCGACUGCUAUCCUGGCUAUCGUGGAAAGUGCAACUGAAGGAGAUCCCUGGUGGGCAGACGAGAUAAAUGACUGCAAGAUGGAGAACCUGAUGUUUCUUCUAGCCGGACUGAUGGCCUUGGACUUCAUCAUCUUCUGCAUUGUGGCACACUUCUACACCUACCAGGACCCGGCCAAGUUUGAGAAGACUGAUGAGGUCCCAGUGUCAGAGAAAUCAGACACGGACGGUUCUCCCAGCAAUGAUGCCCCUCCUUCUUACUACAAUACAUUUAACAACCAGCACACCCAUGACGCAGUAAAACCUUCAGAUGGAACAACACCAUUUUGAUGAGAAGCUAUGUAGAAACAUACACUUAAGCUUUUGAACAAGUCUAAUUAUGCUGUAUUCUUAAUGGAAAUGAUAGAAGGACAUUAAUUUAUAUUUUUUUUUUUAGCAGCAUUUACAUUUUCAGUAUUUUUGGAACUAAUAAAAAUUAAAUAAAGGACAUUAAAUAGGACCCUUUAUAUUUGUACAUUUACAUUUAUAACAGUAGAACUUUUUCGAAAGCUUAUUACUAGCUCUAUAAAAAAAUUUUCCAUAGUUUUUCUGAUUAUUGUGUAAAUCAAAUAUAUAAAACUUAAAGGUGAUGGUUUUCAUUGUUAGGUGUAAUGCUUGGUGUAAGGACUUUUGGUUAUAUUUGGUAUAUAAAUUCACACAGUUUGAGUUUGCAUUGGCUUAUCAUGUAUUAUACAUAUAAAUUGUAGUAUGAUAUAUUUUUUUUUUUUUUAGCAUUUAAAAAAAGGUUUCAAGAAAUCCCAUACUAAUUUCUAAAUAGCUAGGUCUUACAUAAUUAUAGUGGGCCUAUCUUUGAGUUUAAAUAGUAAGAACUGGUCCAUUAUGUUAAAAGGCCUAGCAAACCUAGUAUUGAUUCCCUGCGGAUGCUGUGAUGCACACAAUAAAAGACAUUUCAUACAUAUGAUGAAAAUAUGUAACACAUUUAAGGUUUCUGAUCUUAUGUUACAAGAUAUUUAUAACAGAUGAUAAAACAAAACUGUAUUUACAUGACAUAAUCUCUGUAUCUGGUUUAACAUUUGCUCUUCCAUUCAUUGUUGUUAUAUAUUGUUAUCCAAGCCUACAGUUUA